AUGGCUUCUCUAGAACGACCAAGGACAACCAAUACAGAUGGUGAUAUUACUCUUGUAGAAAUCUCAUCCCGCGUCAAUGACGAACCGAAGAAUAACGGCAAUAGCAGUCGAGAGAACAGCGAGCAACAAGAACCAAAAGAACCCCUCAAAGACACCCUAAGAAGGCUUGUCGAAGAGCACGAGCAUGACCAGAAUUUCCCUGAUGACCUUCUCAACCGAGCACGAGAAUAUCUCGCGAACGAAAAUGACGAGCAACAAGAUGCUGAGCUAGGCCAGAGCAUCUCCAGAGAAUUCGAGGCCCAGAAGGAAUUGAUGCUCAAUAGCUCCAUCUAUCCUGAAGUCCGAGCUGUUGUAGAUGACACAGACGACCCAACCUUGCCAGUAGGCACGUUCAGGGUAUUCCUUUUGGGAACAAUUUUUGCAAUCGUUGGCACUGGAGUCGAACAGUUCUUUUCACUCCGAAUGCCUCCUAUUGGACUUUCGACAUUUGUGGUACAAAUAUUAGCUUUGCCCAUGGGGAAGCUGUUGGCGAAAUGGCUGCCGAUGAGGAAAUUUCGGAUGUUUUCCUGGGAGUUCACACUCAAUCCAGGACCAUUCAACCAGAAGGAGCAAAUUCUGAUUGCAAUGAUGGCGAAUGUGACCUUUGGCGGUUCUGCGAUUGGAGCCUACAUCGUGAGCAUCAUCCAAGUCCUGAAACUCGAUAUCUUCUACGGGGAGAAGAACCUCUCGAAUAGUAUCCCUUGGCAAAUCCUCACGCUCAUAUCGACCCAAUUCAUGGGGUAUGGAUGCGCAGGUCUGGUUCGAAGGUUUCUAGUAUAUCCACCUUCGAUGAUCUGGCCAAAAUCUCUGGCGAAUAUUGCGCUUGCCAAGGCUUUAAACAAGGAUAAUGGACAUUCUGAAGAUUCAGUGCAUGGAUGGAAGGUGUCGCGAUACAAGUUCUUCUUGAUCUGCUUUACUUCCAUGUUCUUCUACUUCUGGGUUCCCAAUUACUUGUUCAAAUCUCUUUACUUGUUCAACUGGCCGACAUGGAUAUCACCAGGCAAUGUCACUCUCGCCUUGAUAGCUGGAUCAACCUGCGGUCUGGGCCUCAACCCCUUACCAACACUGGACUGGAACGUCGCCACCGUUCUCGGCGACCCUAUAGUAACACCCUUCUUCACACUCAUGAACUUUGCAAGCGGCAUGGCAAUAUGGGGCUUCAUAAUCGCGCCGCUGGUAUACUUCAACAACGUCUGGGACACGGGCUACCUCCCCAUCAACUACAACUACAUUUACGAUAACCAUGGCUCGCGGUACAACAUCUCGCGCGUAUUGCUGCCUGACUUUACGCUUAAUCAGACCGCGUACCACGAGUACAGUGUCCCCCUCAUGACUUCCACUCAGGUGAUCAAGUAUGCGGCUGCCUUUAUGAUAUACGUCGCUACACCCGUGCACAUGUACCUCUGGCACCGUAAGGAUAUCAUGUCUGGAAUACGAGCUUGUUGGGCACGGAAGUCGCGAGAAGAGGAGUUUAAGGAUGUGCACAAUCGCCUCAUGUCUGCGUAUCCGGAGUGUCCUCACUGGUGGUACAUUGUCAUUCUUGUUGCGUCUUUCAUCAUCGCCUGUGUCUCGGUGAGUCUGUGGCCAACCGGUAUGCCAAUAUGGGGCAUCGUUCUAGCUGUCCUCUUCACCAUCGUGUUGCAGGUUCCGAUUGGAAUGCUCUUGGCUGUUACGAACAUAGAGGUUUCAUCGCGUAUCCUUUCCCAGGUCAUUGCUGGCUAUGUGCUCGAGGGCCGACCGAUUCCGAACAUGAUAUUCAAGAUGUUUAGUUUCAUGUCGACGCAUCAGUCGCUCAACUUUGCCAGCGAUCUCAAGCUCGCGCACUAUGCUAAGAUUCCACCAAGGUGGGCAUUCGCAGCACAGGUUUAUGCAACGCUUUUGGCAGGUUUUGUAGCGUUGGGCGUGAAUCACUGGUUACUUCGUAACGUUGAGGAUGUGUGUCAAACGCAUCAGAAAGCCCGCUUCACGUGUCCCCGUACGCACACUUUCUUCAUGUCCUCAGUGAUAUGGGGCGUUGUCGGGCCACGUCGAUUAUUCGGUACGCAAGGGCCCUACCGCGCCGUCACAUACACAAUCCCCGUCGGUAUCAUAUUCCCCAUAGUCAUCUACUAUAUCUCCAAGCGGCGGCCCAACGCCUUCUGGCGCAAUGUCAACGCGCCAGUCCUAUUCUCCGGACCGAUGGCCUGGGCACCUUACAACUGGAGCUACGUGCAGGGCUCGGUAGUUCUAGCGUUCCUGUUCAACAAGCUGAUCAAGAGGCGGUACGCGGCGUGGUGGGAGAAGUACGCGUACGUGAUGACGAGUUCUAUGAGCGCGGCGAUUGGUAUUUCUGGCGCGGUGAUGUACUUUGCGGUGCAGCAUACGGGGGUUGAGCUGGAUUGGUGGGGGAACAGGGUUCAGACGGAGGGUGUCGAUCAACAGGGUUUUAUGGCUGAUGGAAAGGUUGUCAACUGUUCGAUGUUGAAGGUGCCUGAGAAGGGUUACUUUGAUAUCGGGUUCGAUUGGAAGGUGUAG